AUGCCGCCUUGGUGGGAUGAAGACGGCGAGCGUGCGUUCCACGAGGCCGUUUUCAAACUGAGCAGUCUGAGGCAGACGCCCUGCCCGGACGUCUACUACAGACAGAAGCCUCGAACAGACCCGCGAUCCCCCGGCUACAUCUUGAGUCUCCAAGACGAACUGCAGCUGGCCGACCACAUCGCCUUCCUCGCCCAUGACUGCGAGGGUCCACUGCCCAUCGCUGCAGUCUGCAUCGAGGAACAACAGGAUCAUCCGGGACUACGCGUCCGACUGGCCCGGAACCAUCUAAGGAGCCCCGACGACGUCCGAGCGCUCAGCAGACCCGGCGACGCACGAGACCGGCUGUUCGCCCACGUGCUGAAGAUCAGCCAGCAGCGGAUCCUCCAGAGGUUGGCGCCGCGCUGGUGCCCGCCGCCUCCUCACUGGACUCCGAAGCAGAAACAGCAGGGAACCUCGCUGUGCCACCGUCUGAAGACGAGGUUGCUUCCCGAACUCGGAAAACACGGGAGGAGACUGGGUCCGAUCAGGUCCAAGGUUGAUCAUGUUGUGAAGGUGCUCGAGCAGCUGGACAAAGAUCGAGGCGGCCGCAACCUCGAUCAAUGCAUCAGAGCCGCGGUGGAGAGCUGCGCCUUCGCGUCCAAGGGCACAGCGGAGAGAUCUCUCGAGUCGCAGCUCGGGCUGGUGUUCGAUGCGCUCUCCGAACCCGGGCGGAAAGCUGUUGCCCAGAUCGACAAGGUCGCCAGAUACCUCAUCCUCUGCGACGACUUGUCCAAGCUACUGACCCGGAGGGCGUAUUCUGGAAUCUUGCAACACAUCACGCUCGAACCUCUCCUUUCGCCUCCCAAAUCCCGGCCGAAAGGGGCCGAGAAGAGUUGCCACGUCCACGCCGAGGUCCAGCUCUUGUUGUACUACGAGCAGCACCCGUGCGUGCCGCCGCCCCGCUUCAUCGGCUGCAGCAAGUCGGCCUGUUUCCUGUGCGACCUGCUCAUCCGACGGCGCGGGGGGUUCGGGAUCUCCUUUUCCCAUCAGCGGAUCUAUCCGCAAUGGACGGUGACGAACGUGACCUGGAUGAGCGAGGUACAGGCCGAGGCCUGGCGAAACAUCACCCGCGAGAUGACAAGAGAGCUCCAGGCUCUGAUCCGGCGGUUCGUCGAUGACCAAGGCACCCCCUUGGACGCCCCAAUCGAAUCGAGAGCAUGUCUUCCACUCUCUUCCGUCGCCAGUUCGGUACCGAUACCUGGUGUUGUCUCCAAUCCCUAUGAAGCAAUCCCUGCAGGAGAGGCCCCGCUGAGUCUGUCAGAGCCACAUGUUCCAGCUCAGCCUUCGGUGGACAACCGCCUCCCUUUGGGAACGGGAUCCAAAAUCUCUCUGCUGGAGCUUUUCGACGAUGAUCUACCGCUUUCAUACGAGGUUUCGAAGAACUUUCCCGGUAUCCAAUUCGUGUCUAGGCGGCUGAACGUAACGUUCGAAUUCGAUCGGACGUUUUCGGGGGCAAUGUCUCUCAAGCCGGCAGCCGAGGCGGGUGCAACCAUUCGGAGAUACGACGUCGUUCAUGACUUGAAAGGGGACGAUGUCAAAGUGUCGGCAAUACAGGGUGAUGAGGCGUUGGACUUUGCGUUGCAAGUGGGAGGGAUCGACGUGCUUUAUGUUGUGUUAACAUGGGACUUGGUGUAA